AUGGUCACACACAUCUUGGAACGUGGCAGAGGCUUCGUCGUCGGAGAGGGUAGAAACAUCUGGCACUACGUACACAUUCGCGAUCUCUCUAAGCUUUUCGUGCUGCUCACAGACGCCGCGGCGGCAGGAGGGGAGGGAGCUUCCUGGGAUAGCGAAGGUUAUUACUUUGCAGAAAACGGCAAUGCCACCUGGGGGGAUAUCUCCGAAGCAAUCACCGAGGUGGCGUUUAGAAAUGGCUACAUCACGACCAAAGAUCUCGACGUGCUGGAUUGGGACGCGACGGCCGCUCUGGAUCCCAAGGGCCCCUACCGGCGGGGGUCUAACUCUAGGGGCUAUGCGCUUCGAGCAACCAAGCUGCUCGGGUGGCAGCCUGAACAACCGGGGUUGUUAGACAAUAUUGAGGACAUUGUCACCCUCCAACAAGCUUGGCGUGCGUCCAAGAAGUAG